AUGGAGGUAGUUUCCGCAGCCGCCAGCGUCGCGGGCCUGCUGUCUGUCGCUGGCCAUGUCCUCAAUGGGCUUGUCAAGCUCAAUGCCUUUAUCCAGGACUUGAAGGAAGCAGAUGCACGUGCGCAACGGCUGACUCUGGAAGCUCAACUACUCUCGCAGACAAUAAUUGACUUCAAGUCUCUGCUCAACUCGUUGGACGAAAAGGCGCUGGAUAAAAACCAAGUCUUUUGGGUCCAGCACUUUGCCAAUCUCUCUUCCCGUCUCGAGGAUUGCGAUCAGGAUUUGAAUACCUGGACCGAAUCUUACCGACCCGGAGAUGGGCCAUCUUCAAAGCGCCAAAAAAUAAUCGAGAGAAUAUCAAACAAGAGAAGCCGGGAGAUUUCUGAGAUGAAGUCUAAGUUGGCGCGCCAUCGGUCGCAGAUUGUUCUUAACAUGAGCACUAUCAAUGGCAAUGAGCAUCUGCAGUCCAACUUCAUUGGCAGUCCGAUGGGCUGGACAUGUGCCCAAGCAAUAGGCAUUGACGAUUACUUCAUCGAAACCCUGGAGGACCAGCAUUUGGACCAAAUGAGAUGUGCCUUUUGUGACCAAGUCUUUGCAAAUACCGAGUCAUUCGAACGAUCGAAACACGUCGUCGAUUCCCAUAAUUUCGCAGGGUGCGAUCAAGGAGUAUGCUAUAGGUUCGGCAUAAGCUUCGGUUCUCACUUGGAGAAACACCAUGCAGCCAACCCAGAGGCAUUCUCCAACAACAUUGCGCAUUUUGAGCAAAGAUUCCUCCAGUCAACAUCGACGGUUCAGGACGAGAGGAUAAAGUCCCUUUAUGGUGAACCACAACAACUAGAGACGUCCACGGCACCCCUCAUACUCGAAACCCAGCUGCGGUCUUUGAUAACCGGCUUUGUUGGGCUGCAAAGGUCGACCUCGCAUGGACUUAAUACUUUCCAUGACAUGCGGCAAAACCUGGAGACGCUAUCGAAUGCUGCGUAUUCUCCAGGGUCUUCCCUCGAACUUGCUGUAACUCUGUACCAGGCAGCCAACCUGGCGGAAGAAAUGUCUGUCGGCUUCGACAGGAUAUUCCGGAGUAGAUGGCUACCGAAACCAAAAUUCUUUUUCCGAAACAUUCCUCCAUCCGAGGAAAAAGAUGGCAGACAGCGCCCCGUGCACCUUGGUAGCUGGUUUCUUUCGUUUGACUCUAGAGAAAGGGCUUCAGUCGACUCAUACAAGUCUUGCACAGAGUGCCAAAGCGGGACGAGGUACUCUAAUCUGAAGAGCGCAUUUCAGCAUCGUGGCAGAUGCCACCGAGGAAAGCACUGCAUCGUUGAAUUUGAACGGGCGUGCCCAGACACAUCUACUGAGUGGUCUAUGCUUGACCCUGUAUCGAAACCUUUCCGCCUGUUGAAGAAGUUGGGAGCUAGUACAUCGGGUAGAGACAGGGUCCAUCUUUGGAUGUUGAACACACUUCACAAGUCGGAGCAUCUCCUGAUCAUAUUGAGACAUAGCGCCUUCUUCGGUGAAUCGUCGAUAUGCUCGACAAAAACUGAUGACGCGACACAAGUGGACCGGUGUUCUCCAUCGUGGGGUGACAUAUGGAGUCGUGAUUUGCUUGGGGCUUUCGACAGAGAGGAGGCAGCUCUCGACGAUCAUGUCAAUUCAACACAGUCUGAUGGGGCAGUAUACAGCCGUGAUUAUGAGGUCUCGUCGGAGGGUAACGACCAGAAUGGCGUUGACGUAGAGACUAGGAACCUACCUCUGCGCUUUCUCGAUGCAAAUUCGCCAGUGCUUUCUAUAGAGGAUGAAACUGAGCUCUGA